UGUGUUUUACGCUAAGAAAUGAGAUCGUAGGUGGAGGAGGAGGCUAAAAGGGAUGGGGAGGGACAAAGAAACUCACAGCACGAACGCCACUGAGGUAGGCUCCUUGCCAUGUCAGCAAGUGUAUCCAGCCAAACGUGUUCACCGUCUUUUGGACCCCAACCAGGGAGCCGUGACGAUCCAACCGAGGCCAGCUCCGAAGUGAGGAAGUGUGUGUUCAAUCCUUCUGCACGGAAUAUACCCACAUCACUGGACCGAAGUUUAUGCAGGUAGAGGUCCGUUGUUCGGGCAAAUGCCUGACACGUUUCCCGCCUUUUUACGUAUGCUGCGUAUGACAAAUGGCUUGCCGGAAACAUUGAUCACAUUGUUCGGAGACUUAGAGGAAUA